CGCAAAGCCUCCCGCCCCUGGAAUGCCCGGCCACCAGAGCGCCGCCGCUCUUGCCAGCGAGACGAGAGCUCCCAAGAGCAUGGUCAUCCGUAUCAACGCUGGAGAAGUCGGCCCAAGCAUAUCGCAGCUUGUCAGAGACACCCGUCUGAUGAUGGAGCCUGGAACCGCCAGUCGCCUGAAGGAGCGCAAGUCCAACAAGUUGCGCGAUUUCGUCACCAUGGCCGGCCCCCUCGGCGUCUCACAUCUCAUGCUGUUCUCGCGCUCCGAUGCUGGAAACACAAACCUGAGAAUCUGCACAACUCCCAGAGGUCCCACGUUACAUUUCCGUGUUGAAAAGUACUCGCUCUGCAAGGACGUACAAAAGAGCAUGCGCCGUCCCAAGGGCCAGAACGGUGCCGAAUACCUCACCUCGCCUCUUCUCGUCAUGAACAACUUCAUGCAGUCACAGCAACAGGCUGAUGCCGCCGCAAAGGACAACAAGUCCGAGUCGAACCCAAUCCCCAAGAACCUCGAGUCCCUUACGACGACAAUCUUCCAAUCGCUCUUCGCCCCCAUCUCUCCUCACACCACCUCCUUGAAGACCAUCAAGCGUGUCAUGCUGCUUGACCGCAAGCCCUCUACAGACCCUAGCGACCCCCACGCCUUUGUUCUACAACUGCGUCACUACGCCAUCAACGCCGUCACUCCCAAAUCCGCUCUACCCAAAGCCCUGCGCAAACUCGAGCGCGCCGACCACCUCAAGCGCGGCGACAGCUCUCGCUUGCCCAACCUCGGAGGCCUGGACGAUGUUGCAGACUACCUUCUGGACCCCACCGCUUCCGGCUUCACCACUGCCUCAGAUACCGAGGCUGACACUGAUGCUGAAAUCGAGGUCCUGGCCGUUGAGAAUCGCAAAGCCAUGUCGAAAGACGAGCGUCAACGCAUUCGUGACGCCCAACGUGCAAAGGUUUCUGGAGCCAACGCUGAAGGCAUUAACCCCGAAGGUUCUGCACGCCCCGCCCCUCCGCCUCGUAAGACAAAGACACAAAAGAAGGCCAUCAAGCUGCAAGAGUUGGGCCCUCGUAUGACCCUCCGUCUGACAAAGGUCGAGGAAGGUCUUUGCGGUGGCAAGAUCUUGUGGCACGAGUACAUCAGCAAGAGCAAGGAGGAACAGAAACAACAAGACAAAGCCUGGGAGAUCAAGAACAAGGAGAAGGCUGAAAGAAGACGCAUUCAAAAGGAGAAUGUUGAGAGAAAGAAGAAGGAGAAGAAGGCCAAGGGUGAGGAGGAGGACGACGACGAGGAUGACGAGAUGCUCGAUGAUGAGGACUUUGACGACGAUGUCUGGCACGACGAGGCUGACGCUGGUGGUGACGACGACGAAGAGGAAGAGUCAGAAGAGGACGAGGAUGAGGACAUGGAGUAAACCUCUCACCGUUCCACUUUGUCUUUUCCUAAAUCAGCAUGCCCGUCUUUGCAUCUUGUUCAAAAGUAUGGAGUUCGAGGAGUCUCAAUCGGCUGG